AUGUUAAGACGACCAUUCGGUUGCUUUGUUUAUCCUCCAAGUUGUGCAUCCGAUAAAAUUUCAAUGAAACAAUCUGCUCCUCUAAGACAACAUGCCAUUGAAAUGUACUGUGAUCAGCAAUACUUUACAAAACGGAAUAACAGAGUAAUGAUGCUUCCGAAGAUACAAUGCACCAGUUGGUAUGUUGGAUGUGGCAAAUUAAUUAAAGAUAUUAUUUAUUGUGAAAAUGGAUUCAUUUAUGAUGUAAAAUUGCGAAAAUGUAGACAACGAAACAACAAAGAUCAUUGCAUAAUGCCAGAUUUAUGCAAAAAUCGAAAAUGGCGAACGAUAUCGUUGGGUAAUUGUGACAGACAAUUCGUAUAUUGUCGAGACCAAGUACCAGAGAAAUUCGUUUGCUCCGAAGGUUUCAUCUUCUUUAACGAUCGCUGCGUACCAAUGUAUCAGACUAGUAGUGAGUGCUGGAAGUGUCAAAAUGGCCAGAAACGACAUACCUCACUUCAUUCAUGCAAUGAAUAUUCUGUUUGUCAGAAUGGUCAUUGGGAGGACCGUACCUGCCCGACUGGAAUGAUCUAUUUUGAAGCUAAUCAAAUGUGUCAAGCAGAUCCAUCCUGUGCUCAUCCAUUUAAAUGUAAAGUAGGCACGUCGUUUCAAUUGAAAUGCAACGAAUAUUUGAUCUGUUCGUCGAAUGGUAUCGUUGAGCAUCGUUUCUGUCCACCAUUUUAUCGAUGGGACAAUCGAGCGCUAUUGUGCAUUCCCGAUAACAAUUGCUUAUCUUCAUCGAAUAAACCAUGUAGAGAGGGCGCAGUUAUUGACAGUUUUGAUUGUAAAUUUUAUUAUCAAUGUUCUGGUGGCAAAUGGCAUAAAAUGUCAUGUGUGGCGUAUCCGGCUGCAGAAUUGUGUAAAGUAUGCCGCCAUCAUAGUGACAAUGUCGCAUGGCAAGCGGAAGAGAGAUGUGACGAAGGUGAUACGGUAGCUAAUCCGCAAGACUGCAGAAAUUAUGCGAUAUGCAACGGAAGGAGGUGGACGAGUAUGUGGUGUGAAGUUGGCACUUUUUGGAAUCAAAAUUUAAAACGUUGUUAUCAUAUCACUGAUUGUAAAGCAUUCAAGCGUGUAGAAUGCAAUCAUGGACAGUAUUUGAUUGGUGAUAUAUGCAAUGAAUAUUUGAAAUGUCUGCAAGGCUCUUGGAUAACAAUGAAAUGCCUCCCGGGAUAUGCUUUUGACGUAAUUACGAAGAAGUGUGUUAUUUCGAAUGAAUGCUUAUCAUCGAACAAUAAUAAUUAUCUAAGUGUAAUAGACAACGAUAUUACUGAUCCACCAGUAUCACUUUUUCAAUUAGAAACAAAGUUGGAAGAGAAUCAACAGCUACAUAGGCCUUGUCAGUUUGGUAGUAAAAUUCGUAAUGAAUAUGACUGUAAUCGAUAUUUUGAAUGUACAAUGGAUGAAUAUAAGGAUCGAUAUUGUAAUGGUAAUCAUGAAUUUAAUGAUGAAAGUGGAAAAUGUGAAAGAGAAUAUCAUUGUGAUUUAUCACGUUGUCGUAAUGGAAGAAUAAUUGAAAGUGAAAUAUGUGGUCAUUAUCAAAUUUGUGUCAAUGGUACAUGGCAGAGGAAAGUAUGUGAAAAUAAUCGACAAUUCAUUGAUGGAUAUUGUCAAACAGUACAUUGUAACAAUGAUAAUAAUGCUAUCUUAUCAGCACUAUCGUCAUCAUGCAAAGAGGGUAGUGUCCUGGCUGAUAAUAUCAACUGUAAGCGUUACUUUAUAUGUAGACAGGGUCGAUUUCAACAGCAAUUUUGCUGGAAUGGUGCAACAUUUGAUAAAAAGCGUGGCUAUUGCGUACGAGAUACAAUUUGCAUGUCAGAAGGAAGCUGCAUUGAAGAUACUAUACAGGCUGAUAAACAGGACCGCACUGCUUAUCAAAUUUGCAGUGAUGGUAAAUUCGAAUCAUAUUCCUGUCCUUAUGGCCUAGUUUAUAUUCCUAGCAAAAGAAAAUGUGAAAGAGAUAAUGUUAUUGAUGGCGAAAGGUACGAAACUUGCAAGGAAAGCGGUGGUCCUACUGGUUAUAGAGCAGACCCAAACGACUGUCACAAAUUUUACCAAUGUGCUCAUGGGAAAUGGGUCUCCAAAGCUUGUCCAGAUAAAUUAUACUGGAAUAUGGAAAAAACGACAUGCGACUGGCUUCCUGGUGAUGACUCCUGCAAAAAUCGUAUUACUCAUGUCUUACUGUAA